AUGGAAGAGGAGGCUAAGCAACUGGAGGAAUGGACGACAGAGAACAACAUGCUUCUUAAUGGGAAGAAGCGGAGUGAAGAUGAUGAUGAAGAGCAGGACCUGAACAAGACCCUGGGGGUGCAACUCUUCCAGCAGAUUCUCCACCCACCAGCCCGUGGACCCCCAGAGAAACACCGUGCCUACAACGAGGAAGACUUUGAGUACCACCGCCACUCCUCCCACCACAUCCACCACCCGCUGUCCAAACUACCCCCAGAAAGGAGGAAGAAGAGCAAGAAGAAGGAAGCGGGAUGGAGGAGAGGAUCCGGGACUGGCGGAGCACCCAACAUAGAGGAGAGCGAGGAAGAAGAGGAGGCAGACGAGCCCUACAGCCAGAACGAUGGAGAGGGGGGGCAGACCACCACACCCACACCUGAUACAGACACGGACACACACAACGAGGGUGUGCAGUUCUUCGUGUCUGAGGAUGACCCUGCCAGUGUCACUCCUGCCCCCACGCACAGCAAGGCUGGCAGUGCCACCCUUCCCAGACGCCUCACCAUCGUACCUGAGACUGCCCUGGGUACCAACCUGCCAGAGGAUGCCACACCCACGGAUGAGCCAGUGGGCUCAGUGUUGGCCCCCAACAAAGGGAGGAAUAGCCUAUCCUCCGGCCCCUCCCAGGAGUCCCACAACCCCUCCACACGGGGCUCCACGCCUCCCUCCUCCUCCACCUCCUCUUCCUCCUCCAGGACACCGCCCCCUGGCAGCCGCAGCUACGACCUGCAGGAGCGCCGGCGCUCGGGCAACAUGACGGGCGGGCAGCAGGAGCGCCACCAGCGCCAGGCCACCGACGACAGCGAGGCCCAGAUGCUGGGGUCCGCCGACCUGGAUGGCAUCAAGAGUCACAGGUUCGAGGAUGUGCCUGCGGUGCACCGUCACCUGGUCAGGAAGAGCAACAAGGGUCAGGUGGUGCACAUCAGCAAGGACCACAAGGAGCCUAGUGCCCACUGCUGCAAAUUGGACCGUACCCCACAUGAGGUGUUUGUGGAGCUGAACGAGUUGGUGAUGGAUAAGAACCAGGAGUUGCAGUGGCGGGAGACGGCCCGCUGGAUCAAAUUUGAGGAGGACGUGGAGGAGGAGACGGACCGCUGGGGCAAACCCCACGUUGCCUCGCUCUCCUUCCGUAGUCUUCUGGAGCUCCGCAAGACCAUCUCCCACGGUGCUGUGCUGCUGGACCUGAACCAGCACACCUUGCCUGGCAUUGCCCAUCAGGUGGUGGAGCAGAUGAUAAUCUCUGACCAGAUCAAAGUGGAGGACCGGGCCAAUGUCCUCAGAGCCCUACUACUCAAACACAGUCACCCGAGCGACGAGAAAGAACACAGCUCUUUCACGCAGAACAUCUCUGCCGCCAGCCUGGCCUCCCUGAUGGUGAACCACCACAGCAGCAGCAACCACAUAGGCCAAGCCGAGCCCUCUGUCACUGAACCCGUCAUGGGUGGAGGAGAGGCCGCCUGCAUCCUUCCAGACACCCGCAUUGACAUGGAGAAGAGCGAGAAAGACAAUCCUCCCAAAUUGGGCAUGCACAGGUCCAAGUCCAAACAUGAGCUCAAGUUGCUGGAGAAGAUUCCGGAAAAUGCAGAGGCCACCGUCGUCCUCGUAGGCACCGUGGCCUUCCUGGAGCAGCCAUCCAUGGCAUUUGUGCGUCUGCAGGAAGCUGUGCUGCUGGAGUCUGUGCUGGAGGUGCCCGUCCCUGUACGUUUCCUCUUCCUUCUAAUGGGCCCGCCCAUCGCUAACAUCGACUACCACCAGAUCGGCCGCUCCAUCUCCACACUUAUGUCUGACAAGCACUUCCACGAGGCGGCGUACCUGGCGGACGAGCGGCAGGACCUGCUGAACGCCAUCAACAGCUUUUUGGACUGUAGCAUUGUGCUGCCGCCGUCUGAGGUUGGCAGCGAUGAGCUGCUUCGCUCGGUGGCCCGCUUCCAGAGAGAGAUGCUCCACAAGAGAGAGGAGCAGCAGGGCAAGAAGCUCAAGGUCAAAGAACCCAAGAGCCCAAAGGAUAAAGCUCUGCAGGCGCCCUUCAAACCUGGGGAUGACCCUCUGCGCCGGUCGGGCCACCUGUUUGGGGGGCUGAUAAAUGACGCCGCACGGCGUUACCCCAAAUAUGCCAGUGACUUCCGUGACGCACUCAACCCCCAGUGCAUGGCUGCCAUCAUCUUCAUCUACUUCGCUGCUCUGUCGCCCGCUGUCACCUUUGGAGGACUGCUGGGUGAGAAAACGGGGGGGUUGAUUGGCGUGUCGGAGCUGAUCAUCGCCACGGCGAUGCAAGGGGUCAUCUUUUCCCUCCUGGGGGCACAGCCUCUGCUGGUGGUGGGCUUCUCUGGACCCCUCCUGGUUUUUGAGGAGGCCUUCUACUCGUUCUGCAAUGCCAACCACAUAGAGUACCUGACAGGCCGGGUGUGGAUUGGCUUCUGGCUGGUGCUCAUCGUGGUCAUCAUAGUGGCCUUUGAGGGCAGCUUCCUGGUCCGCUUCGUCUCGCGCUUUACCCAGGAGAUCUUCUCCUUCCUCAUCUCCCUCAUCUUCAUCUACGAGACCUUCUCGAAACUGGGCAAGAUCUUUCAAGAGCAUCCUCUCCAACGCUGUUACCUGGUCAACGACACAUGGACAUCAUCAUCAUGCAACAACACUGUGGUUGGCGUGCCUGGAAAGGUGGUGGGGGAGCCCAACACAGCCCUCCUGACGUUGGUCCUAAUGUCCGGAACGUUCUUCAUUGCGUUCUACCUGCGCAAGUUCAAGAACAGUGCCUUUUUCCCAGGCAAGCUCCGUAGGAUGAUUGGAGACUUCGGUGUUCCCAUCGCGAUUCUCAUCAUGGUGUUGGUGGACUACAGCAUAAAAGACACCUACACCCAGAAGCUAAGCGUGCCCACAGGCUUCUCGGUGACCAGUCCUGAAAAGCGGCGGUGGCUGAUCCCCCCGCUGGGCUCGGACGGACAGUUCCCUGUCUGGAUGAUGGCCACCAGCAUCUUACCUGCCCUGCUCGUCUUCAUCCUCAUCUUCAUGGAGACACAGAUCACCACGCUGAUAGUCAGUAAGAAGGAACGGAUGCUGUUGAAGGGCUCCGGCUUCCACUUGGACCUGCUCAUCAUCGUGGCCAUAGGUGGGGUUUCGGCCCUGUUCGGUCUGCCCUGGUUGGCCGCCGCCACCGUGCGUUCUGUUACUCACGCAAACGCCCUUACCGUCAUGAGCAAGGCGGUGGCCCCCGGCGACAAGCCCCGUAUCCAUGAAGUGAAAGAGCAGAGGGUGACGGGCUUCCUCGUAGCUCUGUUUGUCGGUUUGUCCAUUGUGAUCGGAGAUCUCCUGCGUCAGAUCCCCAUCGCUGUGCUCUUUGGGAUCUUCCUCUACAUGGGCGUCAUGUCCCUCAACGGUAUCCAGCUCACCGAGCGCAUGCUGCUGCUUUUUAUGCCUCCCAAGUAUCAUCCUGACCACACUUAUGUCCGCAAGGUGAGGACCCUGCGCAUGCAUCUGUUCACGGGGAUCCAGCUGGUGUGUCUGGCGGCGCUGUGGACAGUCAUGUCCACCGUGGCUUCGCUGGCCUUCCCCUUCGUCCUCAUCCUCACCGUGCCCAUCAAAUGGUUCCUAUUGCCCCACAUCUUCACCACGCGUGAGAUGCAGUGUUUGGAUGCAGAUGACGCAGAACCUAAGUUUGAUGAGAGGGAGGGACAGGAUGAGUACACAGAGAUGGUGCCAACGUGAUGGACGUUCUGCCAACCAAUAUACACCCUAGCCCUACAGUAUACUCCAGGAAGUUAUUCAAACCCACCAAAUCCUUUGUUUGUUCACCUGAUAUUUUAUAACGCACCACUGAUGGUUUGAAAUGUUUUACUCAUUUUAUAUUUAAUUGUCUUGAAAGCUUU